AUGGUCCACUACCGCUUGGCUGCCGCCAUGUUGGGCGCGGCUGCGUGCGCACAGGCCGCGCAGCCGUCGCCGGAAGAGCUGUGGGGGUUUGACGUGGGCACCGCGGGUAUCCAGACGUUUGCGCACCUACCGCACGAGCGCUGCCUGCUCCAGCCAGACCUGGAGUUUGACAUCGGCAUCCUCGGCAUGCCAUUCGACAUGUCCGUGACCUACCGGCCCGGCGCGCGCUUCGGCCCCGAGGCCAUCCGCCGCGGCUCACAGCGACAGAUCCGCGCACACGCCUACAGCCCCUACCGCGCGCUCAACCCCUACGACGACUGGGCGCACAUCGUCGACUGCGGCGACGUGCCCGUCGUGCUGACGGACAACCGCAUCGCGCGCGACAUGAUGCACCGCGCGUACGCCGACGUCCUGCGCCGCAGCUCCAAGAGCGACCCCCGCGUCCCGCCGCGCAUCAUCAUGCUCGGCGGCGACCACAGCGUGCUGCUGCCCGCGCUGCGCGCGCUCCACGACGUCUACGGCCCCAUCUCCGUCGUCCACUUCGACUCACACAUCGACACCUGGCAGCCCGCCAACACUAGCGUCUGGGACACCGCCCACGUGCCCCUCAACCACGGCACCAUGCUCUGGGAGGCCUUCCAGCACGGCCUGCUCUCCGACCACAACGUCCACGUCGGCCUGCGCUCGAACCUCGCCCACCCCGACGACUUCCACCGCGACGACGCCGCCGGCUUCUACCGCAUCCACGCAGACGAGAUCCUCGACAUCGGGCCCCAGGGCGUCGUUGACCGCAUCCUCCGCGUCAUCCCCCGCGGCGUGCCCGUCUACGUAUCCGUCGACAUCGAUGUGCUCGACCCCAGCGCCGCCCCGGCCACCGGCACCGUCGAGCCCGGCGGCUGGCUCCCGCGCGAGCUGCUCCGCGUGUUGCGCGGCCUGCAGCCGCUGACGCUCGUCGGCGCCGACAUCGUCGAAGUUGCCCCGGCCUACGACCGCGCUGACAUCACGGCUAUCACGGCCGCGCAGCUGGUCUACGAGCUCGCCGCCAGCAUGGUCGCGUCCGGACCCGUCGCCCACACCUUGCUCGACACCCGCGCUGAUUCUGCCGCGGUCCCCGCCCAGGUCCGUUUUCGCGCGCGCGGUCCCUCUCGAUCCGCGACUGCAUAG